CGACUAACUCAUGGGGGAGGGGGAUGACUCCGGUCAGCGGCGGCAGUGCCAGUGACGGCAGCAACACGUAGUAGCGACGGCAGUCGACGACAUUGCAACGCAACGGAGGAGUCACGCAACAAAGUACAAGUCCGAAGCACAAGUUGUUCAUCCAGACGCGCGCCGAUCACGUAGUGCUACGCAGCACGGAAGCAGAUCCUGCACGUCCCGCAGCAUCCUCCACGUCGCGAGAGCUGCGUGUCCUACGGCUACGUUUAGUCGCGCGACAGUACGGAAGCAGCCUCAAGUACGCCUGGAAACUCGAUCAAACUUGAUUCGCUGCUCGGCAUCUCUGGCAGAAUGAAGCUGUACUGGUGUUUGGCUCUCGUGGCCGUUGCCCUAUCGAUGAUCUUUACAAUCGCACGGGCGGAAGCUGACCUGUGGGAGGAAGACGAUAAGGAAGUCCUUGUGCGAACAGUGCGCGGUACUAAGGAACGAACAUCCGGCAGCUCCUCGUCAUGCAGAUAUGUGAAGGGUCAAUGGUCGGAAUGCGACUCCAACACCAACAUGCGGACGCGUACUUUAAGUCUCAAGAAGGGCGACAAGUCCUGCGAGCAGACCAAGACUAUACAGAAGAAGUGCAAGAAAGCAUGUCGAUACGAGAAGGGCACAUGGAGCGGAUGUGUGAAUCAAUCAAUGUCGAGAAUCGAUAAUCUGAAAGCUAACAGCGAUCCAACCUGCGACAAGACGCGAAAACUCAACAAAAAAUGUAAACCGGAGACCAAUACCAAAAAGUCCACCAAAGGUGAACGGUCGAACAAGAAAUCAAGCAAGCAGUAAUCAUCCGCCAAUCUCCAAUCAUCUUGUUUAAUUGGGCAACGAAAGCGCGCACUCUCAUCGUACACCGAUUCUUAUCUUUUGUCCAUUCCUUGGUCCAAUUGCCAAUUGGUUAAUUAUUGGCAAUUGGAAUUGAUUGCGAGGCAGGGCGCAAAUUUCGACGGCAACGCUGUAUCGCUGUAUCGCUGAUCGCUGAAGCGUUCAUCACACGUAUUGCUUAGGAAUCAUGCAUCUCAGAUGCAGCGACGUGCGCUGCGCUAUUACAACCGCUUUUACGCGUGCGCUAUCGUCGGUUAAUUAUACAGCUUAAUUACUGUUAAUUAAAUAAUUCGAGACGGUAUGCACUCGGCCUCGAUGAUCAUUUCCGUUCUCGGGGGUAACUUGGAGGUUAUUAACCCUCCCAGGAUUGCAAUGUACUAUUUUUCUUGCUGUGGCAGUUUAUAGAAAAUGUCAUAUUUGUUUCAGAAUCACAUACAUACACACAACGCGUGGAAGAAAUCCUUCUGUCUAACCCACUGACACAAUUUGCAGCAAGUUUCUGUCGUAGAGAAGUUAUUGAUCGCGUAAAGCUUUUCUAAAAAUGGACGUCGGCGAGAUCUUGAGAGGGUUAAACCACACAAAAUCGAUCAGGAACCGAUAUGUAACAGGUUCGAGACGAUGACGAAAACUCGAUGACACGGCUGUUGAUGCGUGUUGAACAGUGUUGCAGUUUGUUGCAAUUGAUUCGCGCGGUGCACAAAUCCUGAAAUCCUCUCUUAUCGAUGUGAGAUAUUUUCUUAUAACCUUCAAUUGAGAAAUCUAAACAUCUUUCCGAUGAAAACUCGAGCGUUAGUUCUUGCAAAAUCUGCACCAUUGGCUGCUCGAUUGAUAAACGUAGUACACCGUAGAAUUCCCCGACUAGAAACAGCCAUCAUUUCAAAGGCUCGCAGAAGAUAAGAUUCAUCUGCCAAAGCUGUUCUCUCGUCUUCCCAUACAGCGAUUAUUAUUAUAAAAUAUUAUUAAUAUUAUUAUUGUUUGUCGCAAGGAACGCAGCGGUGGCCCGUCUUUGGCUUCGUUGUUGACCCAGUUAAAAUAAUGUACAAUAUUUGUCAUACUAAACAGCUUUCAUUCGAUUGUCACAUAAAUAUACAGUGUUCGGUGUUCAAAGUAACUGUGUCCUGUGUCAUAUAAUAUGCGCGAGAUAUUCCGGUAAUUGUUACGCCGCGAAGAUUCACCGAUUCGAAAUGAGGAUUCGAUGAUGCGAAUAGCUAACAAUAAGCCAAACAGCUGCCCGUUUAAACGGUUUAAACGGUUACGGCGAAUCAAAAUUCCGAAAUCAAAAUAACGAACAAAAGAGAGCCACAUCAAAACAUUUAUUUCGCCGAGAGAAUUAAAGAUGAAAUAAAACGCGGAAACGCGUAGAAUGUUCGCACGAGCCUAAUGAAUUUUCCCGGAAUCUUCCGCGCUUUUCCCCUCUCGACAGGACGUCAUUAUUUCCGAUGUUGAUAUAUUUGCAAAUAACGUUAUAAUAAUGUAUCACAUGAUAACUGGCAAUAUGGAAACUCGCAAGCCAAUGAGCAUGAAAAUCAAACUAAAAACUCGUCGUUUCGUUGUCUCGUCAAGUAUGCACGUGCUUGCGCGUGCGAGAAAGAGAGAGAGAGAGAGAGUGUGUGUGUGUGUGUGUGUGUGUGUGUGUGUGUGUGUGUGUGUGAGCGCGCGCGCGCGUGCGUGCGUGCGUGCGCGUGUGUGUGUGAGAGAGAGAGAUUGCGAUUGAGAGAUAAAGAGAGAAAGAUCAUUGGAUAUCUUUUCGACGCCGCGAAAAAUCAAAUCCCUCCUCCCUGCGUACAAGAUUGUAUUUGUUUUUAAAUCUAGAUGUAUACAGGACGCGCUCGUCGGUGAAAGAACAAGUUAAGCUGUUUGCGCGUUUGGUAGUGCACGCGUAUGCGACCCGUAUGCACGCGACACGUCUCAAAAAGUACAAUAGUCGACAUGUCGCGAGGAGAGCAUAUUUUUAUGAUAUCUAAUAAUAUUUCGAAGGCAUUUCCUCAUCUAGAAUCUCCACGCGACAGAGUCUUGAAUUGUGAAAACAAGUCAGCGAUUUUCCAAGCUCUUCCAGAGACUUCAGAGACUUUAAUGAGAUUUUUGUAGGAAUCAAUUUGUGAACGCUAAUUUUUUUCACAAAUUUUCAAUCUAAAAUUAAAUUUUCUAUUAAUGAAUGAAUUAAUCUUAUGAGCUGUUUUUUGAAUGAGUUAAUUUCUGAAUAUAUACAGCCGUACUCGCGGAAUCGUGCACGCGUCAUCGCCAAGCGUCUAGUUCUAGCUCCCAUAUUACAGCAUAUCAUCAUUACGCGUUAAGUGAAUCUAUCGAAAUAAGAUAAACUAAGAUAUAGCGUUAUCUCUAUUCUGUGGGCUCUUCUCUAAUUACACUGCCCUGCAAGGAUUUAUAAUUUGGAGAAAAAGAGUACAUUUCCAUAAUUCGUUAUAUACUGAAUCCGAAUCCAGCUUUAAAAAAUGCGCGUCACAUUAGAAUUUUGAGAAAAUCCAAGGAAUAUGUAUGAAAAAUGACGAUUUUUCCACACAGGUACAAUGCUACUCCGAAAACAAACUUUAUCUCUUUUUUCGUAUAAUUUAAUUUUACUUAAGCUGUCUCAAAAUAUAAUUUUCCUUUUGCCUUUUCUUGCUUUUCCUGUGUAAAAUUUUCAAACAACAUUCAUCGAGAAGAGAAGCGCGUUAAUUUAUAUCUUUAAAUUUUAGUUAUAUAUCUCAAAGAGAAAAAUUGGUAUUUUUUAGGAUGGUGUAAUAGUUACUGAAGAAAAAAUUUCCUUCUUUUCGGAGUAACUACAUUGUAAAUGUAGCUAAAAUUGUUAUUUUUGGCAUAUUUUUUUACGUAUUCUCAAAAUUUUGUUAUAAUUCGCCCUUUUUGAGGAUUCGAAUUUAGCGCACAAAAAAAUAGGAAAACUUACUCUUAUUUUCCAAAGAACAAAAAGAAUGUCUAAUUUUGCAGGCCAGUAUUGUCUGUCCUUAUAUAAUCCUUCAACUAGUAAAUUGAAUUCUACCGGGCGUGAAUUCCCGCUUGAAAUCGACACUAAAUUUCGCAAAGCUGCGAUUUCAUAAGCGACCGUUUGUAUUUUAGAAUGACGAAACCGGAAGUGGACUCGUAUCGCCGGUUGAAGGUAUUAAACGUCUCUAACGAACGUUGCAUCUAUGUUGCAAUGAGUGCUAGUUACAUGCGCGAUCUGCGAUGCAAAAUUAUUUGCAAAGUUCUGCCCGAAGGAGUCCUUUGGUAUCUAAAACCAUUUCGGAAAUGUGGGAUCACUUACUGUUUCUACGAAAUGCGAAAGUUUUUUUUUUCGGUUUUUGCGGGAUUUCGCGCAAUCCUGAAGUGUUUAAACGUGCGGGGAUGCGAUUAUCUCUCAGUGUACGACAGAUGUAACGAGCACAAUGUGCAACGUGCUUGACUUCUGUGUGGAGUUGGCAAAAAGCUCUCCAUGUUUUAAUCGCAUAGUAACACAUAGCAUGAUAGAAGGUACAUCAGUAAACCUAGAGACUAAUUUUGCAGAUCUUUCAAUUAUUACAUAGAACGUUCCAAGAAAAGUGCGUGUCAUAGCGAACGCUUCGUUCUCGGAGAAAUUUCGAAAUAGAUUUCUCUCGAUAAUGAUUUUACUUGAAGAAAGCUGUGAAUGUUAAAUUGCGCGCAUCCGCGUUUCGAAUUUCAAGAUCAUCGGGAAACAAUUCAUGUUUAAUUAUCCAGCUUUAAUUCUCAAUCACGUACUUGAAAUCUCGUGAAGGAAAAUCUUUUUCUAAAUUUCUUCUAGGAUAAUCUUUUACUACCUAUGUGCACAUUUUUUCGGAACAAUCCGUAGAUAUUCUAGAUAUUAUAAUAAGAGAAUUGUUCGAAAUUUUAUUCGUUAGAGGACAAUUAGAGUACACACUUGAAUCGUCGUUCUGCUGCGAAUCGUUAAGUUUUACGAGCGUCAAUCUUAUUGAUGGUUUAAUCUCAUUCGUGCAAUUUUCUUUUGGCUGUUUUGUUGGUACGACAAAUCGUAAACAAUUUUCUACAUAUUCUGUUCACGUGAGAUUAAACAAAUGUGAUUGCAUAUUUUUUAAAAACGCCAAUUUGUUAUACGGAUUGCAAUUGCUUUUUCUAACGAUUAGAUAAAAUUCAUUGUUGAAAGUAUUUGUUUAAAUCGCCGAUCGCGCGGUUAUCCCAUUAGUGACAUUAUUUGGUCACUCGGAUGGCCACGUAAUGUAAGACAUUUCUGAAUUUGAUGUAUCGUAGCUCGAUGAACUCGAUGACUUUUUUCUUUACUCCUAUAAAAAAUUGUAUAAUGUAUCUACUUAUUACUUAUUAAAGUAAUUGUGCAACCACUACACACAUGUAACAAAAAUCCAACGUUGUCAAUAAAAGUAAAAUAUUAUAUAUACAAGAA